UCCCAAAACAAAACACUCGUCAAAACAUAUCAUGCGCAUAAACUAAAAUUGGAAAAAUAUUACAAAAAAAAUACUAUAUAAACUGGCAAAUAUAUACACUUAAAAGGGAGAAUUACAGACAAAUAGAUUAGCAGAUGAUGAAAAUUGUCCAACGAAGUGAUUAGAAAUUGAUUGUCUGAAACAGCACACAGAACCAACAACAAACAGUGAACGGAGAGUGACAAACAGCAGUAGAGAAAUAAUAAAAAAGAACAGAGUGUCGGUGUGAAUAGAACAGAACAGAAGUAAAAAAGUACUAGAAGCGGUUGUAUUGAUAUAAAAUAAAAAAAUAAAAGUGCAAAAAAUAUUCGAGCAAAUUCCGCAAAGCAAAAAAAAAACAAUUUUAACAAAAAAAUCACACAAACGCAAUUUAAAAAAAAAAAAUACAAUUAUAUACAACAAUAAAAAUAAACAAAUAAAAGACUAGCAAAACAAAAUUCAUUAAGAAUUUUAUUUUUCUUUUCCAAAUUUUCCGUUCAUCUAAUUUUAUACAACAAGCUAAGGAAAAAAAGAGGAUUAUAAUCUAACCACCCCCAACUAUAAAAGAAGAAAAAUCAAUUGUAUAAGCUAUGGAUAUUUUAAAGAAAAUGUUCCAACAGAACGAAGAUGAGGCCAAAAAGAAUUUGGAAUCGAAUGUCUCGGCUAAGGAUGAAUUCCGUAAACCGCAAUGGUUCGAAGAGGCCGAAACCGAUGAUGAACUCUUUGAUGAUGAUCGUAAAUUUGUUUUUCAAAUUUUCACCAAUCCCAUGGAAUUGCAAAAGCAUUUCGAAAGGCAAAUGCAGCAAAUAUUGGAGGCUGUCAGCGAAAUGGAAGGCGAUAACGGCAUUGCUGUAGAAAAGGAUCUUAAGGAGGAAUAUUUAAAGCCUGGCUUCGAAAGUGAAAUUCUUAAGGAGUUCGAAAAACAAAAGAAACAAUAUUUCGAUACCGAUUUGGAUGGGGAGUAAGUAAAUAUAUAUAUAUAGAUAGAUAGA